CCAAACGACAAGACACAUGUCACAGCUCUCAGCUGUUCUUUGCAAUGUCAGAAGGUUUGAAUUACGGGAAACGCGGAAAUGUUUUGCUUCAGUCAAGUAAAUCGUGGUUUGGGGUCUCAGUUUUUGCAAAAUCUAGUCAAAAUUUCCCACAUUCCUGAUGGUGUCGGUACCAUCGCGCGAAGCCGCACCUGGGACUCGAUGCAAGUGUAUUCAAAUUUCGUCCAAUGUACGAGGCGUUCAUUUAUCAGAGAGGCUACUCGGAGUGCUCAACGGCGACAGGCGUUCAGAGGUACCCUUUUGCAGGGCGGCGAGUCUCCGCAUGUUCCGCCGUCAAGGUUGCUGAAGCCAUUCAUUUUCACAGUAGCGUUCGGCACAGGAAGUUUCCUGGCAGUGUCGGUGUGGGAAUAUGAAACAGCCAGAGGAAGGGCGAAAAACGCACUGAAAUCCUUUUCAGGCAUUCCUUGGUUUAAGAGUAGAGUCCAUGACAAACGCAAUAAAGGCCUCCUCCAAAAUGUUCGAGAGUGGUGGAAUACAUUAUCGCCUGGGGAGCGGGUGUUUGUUCCCAUCUGUGCAAUUAAUCUUGCCAUUUUUGGCCUGUGGAAAGUACCCCAGCUUAACAGUUUCAUGAUGCGAUACUUUUGUUCCAAUCCAGCAGCACGUGCUGUUUGCUGGCCAAUGGUACUGUCCACGUUUAGCCACUAUUCGUUCCUACACUUACUGGCAAAUAUGUAUGUACUGCACAGUUUUAUAGGCGCUGCUGUGAAUGCAGUAGGCCGGGAACAAUUUCUAGGGUUAUAUCUUAGUGCAGGAGUGCUUUCUUCUUUUACUAGCUAUGCUUAUAAGGUUCUCACGAAACAGAUGGGUCCAUCGCUAGGAGCGAGUGGAGCUAUUAUGGCUGUGCUAGCUUUAGUCUGUGUUGCAUAUCCUCAUACGGAGCUGAGUAUAUUAUUCCUCCCGCAAUUUACUUUCUCUGCUGGUUCGGCAAUAAAAGCGAUUAUGGCAAUAGACCUUGCUGGUUGCUUAUUCAAAUGGAAGUUUUUCGAUCAUGCUGCACAUUUGGGAGGAGCUCUUUUCGGACUAUUUUGGUGUCAAUACGGUAUAGAGCAUUUGUGGCCAAAACGGGAGCAUUUUCUACGAUAUUGGCACCAGUGGCGAUCGCGCUAGUGUAAAAUAGUAGAAUUUUGUAAAUUAAUGUAUAUUGUAUUUUCGAGCAUAUUGUGAAAAACUUUUGUUAUUUAUUUCUCCUUUUUUUCGAGUUUUGGUCUGUACAAAUAAAACAACAUUCUUU